GUUUUUGGUAUCCCCUAAAACCGGAGCGUUGUGCAUCUCCCUACUCAUCUCUGCUAAAACCGUAGCGUUGUGCAUCUCCCUACUCAUCUCUGCCUAAAACCGUAGCGUCGUGUAUCUCCCUACCCAUCUCUGGCAUGGGCUUUCGCCGUUCACUCCUUUCUAAUUAUUAUAUUCAAUGGUCAGAUCUUUCCCAGUAGUUUUCAUGGCGGUUUGGCAAAAUACGUCAUUUGUCACACAAUAAAUAAUCCUGUUCGUGGAUCCGUCGUUAUGCUUUGGAUAUGUCGGAUUUGAACGAGAAAGGAUGGGGUGUAUUAAUAGUCGGGCAGACAUCAAUGAUCUUCACCCAAACAUCUUUCAAGUGAUGAAUGUUGAUGACUUGGGCAAUCUUAUUACCCCUGGACGCUUAGAAAUCACAGAAUUAGAUAUAGUACUCUAUCAAAGGGGUAAAGCUGCUGUCAAGUGGCCACUGCGGUGUUUACGUCGCUAUGGCUAUGAUGCUGAAAUCUUUAGCUUUGAAUCAGGAAGACGAUGUUCCACUGGACCUGGUAUUUAUGCCUUCAAGUGUCACAGAGCUGCACAACUCUUCAAUCUUGUACAAACAAAUAUCCAGGUUUGUAAUAGCAGUGGAGACGAUACAAUAUCCAGAGAACUACCAAUUGCCUCUCACCCUGGUCCUACGGUAACAACAAGAGUAACAAUACCAACCGAGCCUAACUAUUUGGACCCAACGCCAGCUAGGAGCAAUAGUCGCAUGGGCCCCAGAUUUAGUCACAGCCAGCAAAAUGGAAUUGGGAGGCUAGGAAGCGUGGGAAGUAGUAGCGGUCCCAUGUCGCCUCAAGGAACAAUGGGCUCACCAUCGCCACCGCCCAUGCUACCGCCGCCACCACCCGUCCCACAUCCUCCUCCGUCCUCACUAUACGUCAACGAAGAAAUUCUGUCGUCAGUUGUCAUGGAUAUGGAGCACAAUAAUAACAAAAGCCUUCGACGAACUAUGCAGAGAUCAUGCACUGUGAGCAGUACAACAUCCAGUAGUGGUUUCAUGUCUUCAGAACCUAUGACAUUGCCAUCGAGUCAAGAUCUUAUUAUUAGCCAUGGCAGACCACCACCCUUACCAAUGGCAUCCUACAUAAACGUUGACAUCAGCAGUGACGCCAGUCCACUUUCGCCAUCGCACAGUAUUUCCGAUUCUACUACUCCAUUACGGGAAGAAGCUACCGAAGUAGAUGGUUCACAGCACGCUUACAUGAAUAUCAGCCCUGGCCAAGAACAUGUGGAAUUAGUGACAACAAGAGUACGUCCUCCUCCAUUACCACCGCUUCAACCAGACUGGGACGAAGGUUCCAGGCACUGUUAUGCGAAUUUAGAAUCGAGCGAGAUAGAAGGUCUAAGGAAACGAUUCUCAGGAAUCUCAAUAGCUGAAAAAUCGCCAUUGCCGCCAUCGACACCUCCAGCUGGUCCUAUACGUGAAGUGAACUAUGCAGUCUUGGACCUACGCAAAAAGGAUAUGUCUUUAACUCUGACUGCUGAUAGUGUAACGAACACCACGAGUAUUCCAUCGCCACCAGAUUCACCCAACAGACCUCUAAAAGGAUACGCCACAAUAGACUUUAAUAAAACAGCGGCGCUAUCUCAUUCCGUCAAUCCUAAUCUUGUGAACGAUAGUGAAGGAUCCAGGAAGACUAGACAUAACUCGACGAUCAACGACCUGGCUGCACCGUCUAGGCACAGCUCUUCCAUAAAUUUGAUCAGCAGGAAUAAAAAAGUACGCGAAUAGCUGAUAAAGCACAUACCUAAACGUUGGCUUCGAUAUCAAAUUUCUUUGACGCAAUUGGACUGAAGGAUUUUAUUGUAAUGCAUGGCCUGUCGUGAAGUAGUUGAAGAAAAGUGUCUAUUGACAGACCACCUUUAUCAAAUGGAGGGUACAAUUCUUUUUUAAUGUCUUUUUUACACGUCACUUCGGAUUACUUUUUUUUUUUUUUUUUUCUUUGAAAGUAGUUAACCUGUCACUAAAGUGACUCUAGGCGUGGUAAUAUCUUUUUUAUUGUACGUACAAGUUGUCUUGUAGGUAUAUUGUAUAAUAAUGGUACGAGACUCGAGUUCGAGUUUCUUGAUUUAUGCCGAAGUCUUCGAGUCGUUAAACGUGGAAGCUCUUCGGUUUUCUGUUUUUCUCGCGUGAUCCUCGCGAGAUUUAAUUAAACCGAACACAAAUGACCUUAUGAAGGGCCUUCGUAUUUCAUUAAUGUACAUUGUCGAUUAUUCCUAACGCAGAGGAUAGACUACUCGGAUAGUAGCGAUAUUAGACAAAGUGCGAAUUCGAUGAAGAGCCCUGAUCUCCGUUCGAUAGCUUUUCACAUUGUUGCAGGAGCAUUAAACACAGCCGUGGAAAAGUAGCUCAGCGCCGAUUAAUUAUUUAUUAUUUCGACCGCGUGUUAUGCCAAUUGGAAGGGAAACGUAUAUUUACCACUGUAGCACAUAAAGCCACAAAGUAUGUAGAUUAAGCGUAAUAGACUUUAGACUUGCAGCAUUUUGACCAACCAAAGAGUUUAUUGGUCCUGUUGAUUAUCAUCUCAUUAGGAAAUUUACUUUUUGUAUAUUGUUAAUUUUUAUUAUUACGUAUAAGUAUGAUAAUGAGAUUAUUGGUGGAUGAAAGGGAGAGAGAGAGAGAAAGUGUGUACUGUUGUAACAUAAGCUAUACAAAUUGUCACGAGAUUCGACGAAUCGUGGUUGGUGGAUGAGGCAUGUUAAGCUCAUCAAUUUAAUUAUGAGGAUGAUGACGACAACAAUAAGAACGCGUUGGCUCGGCCCAUGCAAACCGAAUAUUUUAUAAGAAAGCCUACAAGAGCAUCUAAAAUACAGCUAGGCGAAGUCUCGUUCCAUUUUUGUGAAUACUGGAUCGUGCCAAAGAUAAUAGAGAAAAGGAAGGGACGAAAAGAAGAGUGCGAGUAUUUGUUUUUAUUAUUGUAAAUUCUAAAUUAGCCUAACUGAUAGUGUCAAAGCUGCGAUUGAACGGUUAUAAAAUAGACAAGGGUACCUCGUUAGGUUGAUAAAAGCAAGUACCAAACAAUAAAGAAGCAUUGCUCCAUUUUUGCAGCUAUGAUAAUGCAACCAUAUUUGCUAUAGGCAUGUACAUCGAACUGAUUUUUUAUUGAGAUAUACAUAAACAUUAUAAUAUGUAUGAAAAAGAAAGAAAAAAAAAGAAAAAAAGAAAACUAGUGCAUAGAACCUAACAUAGACCUAUGUAUAUUAUUAGGCAUCGAAUAUAUAAAUUUGUGUCUCAACUGCGACAGCAUUAUGUCCAGAUGAGAAAAAUGUGGCAAUUACGCCGUCUUGAACGGCGAAUCGCGAAAUCCUUAAAAUUUCGCGGCAAUCUUGAUAACGUAGAUACGACGAAAUUGGUUCAAAGUGGCGGCUCGCAUGUUUACUUUCUCAAAAUCCACACGUUUCUUCAAGUAUAAUCUACACCAGUUGAGACACAGCUUAACGCAAGUAAUCUGUACACAUACAUUUGCAAAGAAACAGGAAAAAAAAAGAAAGAAAUUUGCAAAGGCAAGUACGUACUACGAUAACCCAUAGACUUGCGAACGAGGAUGGCGCAUUGGCGUACCUUAGGCGAGCAUUAUUACCCGAGUACAAGGCAACCAAAUCCCGAUGGCUGUGAAACAUCAUUUGCCGCGAAUAAUAUAUUCUUCUUCAAUUGAAUUAAGCGCCCUUUCUUAAAUACGUUGAGCAACGCUCAUCGUGUUUAGGAACGAUUUCACACGCAGUGCGUGAAAUAAUUCAUAAUAAGAUUAAGGAUAUGAUAGAAUAUUCAGAGACAAACGUCACUUUAUUUUUCUAUGACGAAGGAACGUUAACGGCAUUCGACGAGAGUACCGGAUGGGAGUUGAGCGAACGAGAUUAAUAAUUUUAAAUAAUUAAAUAGAAAAAGAGGGGGGGGGAGAGACAGAGAAAGCGAGAGCCGAGCAUUCCAAUAUAACUCGCAAGCAAUGUCGCUCGCGCCAUUUAAAAUAGUCAAAAGUUACUCUGGUUCUUUGCAGGCGCAUUGGCGUCGUUGUGUCAUCCUCGUUAACAAGUGAGCCUCACAGUACACCUAAUGUCAAGUCAUAUUUUAAUAAAAGGUAGCUUAGAAUUAUUUUAUAAAUAUCUGUACAUAGGGAACCAAAGAAACACAUGUCAUUUCAUUGAUUUGUGCCUCAUCUCAAAUCAUACAUAUGAAAUAUAUGAAAAUGUUAUACAAAA